AUGCUGAAUGAUCUUAUGGAGGCUCAAUGCUCAGACGCCCCAGGACCUGGGAUCUGCAGAGCAGAGCCAGGAGACCAGCAGCAACCUAUCUCUCAGGCAAGGUGCUGGUGCUCCCUGCGACGUGGCUGCGUGGUGCUGGCGGCCCUGACGUUGUUGGCAGGAGCAGGUGUCGGCUCAUGGCUUCUAGUACUGUAUCUGUGGCCAGCUGCCUCCCCGUCCGCUUCCACCUUGCAGGAUGAGGAGAUGACUUUGAGCUGCUCAGGUAUCAGCAGUGAGGAAGCUCUGCUCCCUGUGAUUCCCAAAACAGUAUCUUUCAGAAUAAACAGUGAGAACUCCCUACUGGAAGUACAAGUGAGGGCCUGGCCAGGCUGGUUCCUAGUCUGCUAUGAGGGCUGGAACCCCAGCCUGGGGCAGCAGGUCUGCCGGAGCCUUGGGCAUCUCAGACUCAUUCACCACAAGGGAGUGAACCUGUCUGACAUAAAGCUCAAUAGCUCCCAGGAGUUUGCUCAGAUCUCUUCUAGGCUGGUAGGCCUCCUGCACGAGGUGUGGCAGCCCAGAGACAACUGUACUUCUGGCCGAAUUGUUUCCCUCAAAUGCUCUGAAUGUGGGGCAAGGCCUCUGGCUUCCCGGAUAGUCGGUGGGCAGGCUGUAGCUCCCGGACGCUGGCCAUGGCAGGCCAGUGUGACCCUCGGUUCCCGGCACACAUGCGGGGGGUCUGUGCUGGCACCCCACUGGGUGGUGACUGCUGCACACUGCAUACACAGUUUCAGGCUGUCCUAUCUGUCCAGCUGGCGGGUCUAUGCAGGGGUGGUCAGCCACAGUGUUGUCAGGCCACACCAGGGGGCUGUGGUGGAGAAGGUCAUCUCCCACCCCUUGUAUAGCGCCCAGAGUCAUGACUAUGAUGUUGCCCUCCUACGGCUCCGGACACCACUCAGUUUCUCAGACACUGUGGGUGCUGUGUGCUUGCCAGCUGAGGAACAGCAUUUUCCAAGGGGGUCCCAGUGCUGGGUGUCUGGAUGGGGCCACACCGACCCCAGCCAUUCCCAUGGCUCGGACACGCUACAGGACACCAUGGUGCCACUGCUCAGCACUCAGCUCUGCAACAGUUCCUGCAUGUACAGCGGAGCCCUCACCCCCCGUAUGCUGUGUGCUGGCUACCUGGAUGGGAGGGCUGAUGCUUGCCAGGGAGACAGCGGAGGGCCUCUGGUAUGCCCAGCUGGGGACACAUGGCACCUGGUGGGGGUGGUCAGCUGGGGUCGUGGCUGUGCAGAGCCCAAUCACCCAGGUGUCUAUGCCAAGGUAGCUGAGUUCCUGGAUUGGAUCCAUGACACUGUGCAGGUCUACUAACAGCAGGAGAGGCAGCAACCUCCACCCAUACAGAAGGCUUGAAUUUCUU